GCGGCUGGCGGCGCCGGUGCCAUGGGGCUGCCCACUCUGGAGUUCAGCGAUUCCUACUUGGACAGCCCGGAUUUCAGGGAGCGACUGCAGUGUCACGAGAUUGAGUUGGAGCGAACCAACAAGUUCAUCAAAGAGCUCAUUAAGGAUGGCUCCCUGCUCAUCGGGGCGCUGAGGAAUCUAUCUAUAGCAGUCCAGAAAUUUUCCCAAUCAUUACAAGACUUCCAAUUUGAAUGUAUUGGUGAUGCCGAAACAGAUGAUGAAAUUAGUAUUGCUCAAUCACUAAAAGAAUUUGCAAGACUACUUAUUACGGUAGAAGAAGAAAGACGGAGACUGAUUCAAAAUGCUAAUGAUGUACUAAUUGCGCCACUUGAGAAAUUUCGAAAAGAACAGAUAGGUGCAGCAAAAGAUGGAAAGAAGAAAUUUGACAAGGAAAGUGAAAAAUACUACUCUAUUCUUGACAAGCAUUUGAAUUUGUCUGCAAAGAAAAAGGAAUCUCAUUUGCAAGAGGCAGAUAUACAGAUUGACCGAGAACAUCAAAACUUCUAUGAAGCAUCAUUGGAAUAUGUCUUUAAAAUUCAAGAGGUUCAAGAAAAAAAGAAGUUUGAAUUUGUUGAGCCGCUUUUGUCAUUCCUCCAGGGUUUAUUUACUUUUUACCAUGAGGGAUACGAACUUGCCCAGGAAUUUGCACCAUAUAAGCAACAGCUACAGUUCAACUUGCAGAAUACAAGGAAUAAUUUUGAAAGUACACGACAAGAGGUAGAGCGGUUAAUGCAGAGGAUGAAAUCAGCCAACCAAGAUUACAGACCACCCAGCCAAUGGACUAUGGAAGGCUACCUUUACGUCCAAGAGAAACGACCACUUGGUUUCACAUGGAUUAAACAUUACUGUACAUAUGAUAAAGGAAGUAAAACAUUUACAAUGAGUGUUUCAGAAAUGAAAUCCAGUGGGAAAAUGAAUGGCCUUGUUACUAGCUCACCAGAAAUGUUUAAGUUAAAAUCUUGUAUCCGACGAAAGACAGAUUCAAUUGACAAACGAUUCUGCUUUGACAUUGAAGUAGUUGAAAGGCAUGGGAUCAUCACAUUGCAAGCCUUCUCUGAAGCUAAUAGGAAACUGUGGCUUGAAGCCAUGGAUGGGAAGGAACCGAUUUACACGCUGCCUGCCAUUAUUAGCAAGAAGGAAGAAAUGUACUUAAAUGAAGCAGGUUUCAACUUUGUGAGAAAAUGCAUUCAAGCUGUGGAAACAAGAGGCAUCACCAUUUUAGGGCUAUACCGAAUAGGGGGAGUGAACUCCAAGGUUCAGAAGCUCAUGACCACCACAUUUUCCCCUAAAUCCCCUCCUGAUAUUGACAUUGAUAUCGAGCUGUGGGACAAUAAGACGAUAACGAGUGGGCUGAAAAACUACCUCAGGUGCCUUGCUGAACCACUGAUGACUUACAAGUUGCACAAAGAUUUUAUUGUUGCUGUUAAAUCAGAUGACCAGAACUACAGGGUGGAGGCUGUACAUGCAUUGGUGCACAAAUUGCCUGAGAAAAACCGAGAAAUGCUGGACAUCUUAAUAAAGCACCUGGUCAAAGUAUCACUGCACAGCCAACAAAAUCUCAUGACUGUCUCAAAUCUUGGUGUCAUAUUUGGCCCAACUCUGAUGCGAGCACAGGAAGAAACCGUAGCUGCAAUGAUGAAUAUUAAAUUUCAGAAUAUAGUAGUUGAAAUUCUGAUAGAGCAUUAUGAAAAGAUCUUUCAUACUGCACCAGACCCAAACAUUCCCCUUCCUCAACCCCAGUCUCGAUCUGGAUCCCGUAGGACCCGAGCCAUCUGCCUCUCCACAGGCUCCCGGAAACCCAGAGGGCGGUACACUCCAUGCCUGGCGGAGCCCGAUAGUGACUCCUAUAGCAGCAGCCCAGACAGCACGCCCAUGGGUAGUAUUGAGUCACUGUCCUCUCACUCUUCUGAACAAAAUAGCACUACAAAGUCAGCUUCCUGCCAGCCCAGGGAGAAAUCUGGAGGAAUUCCUUGGAUUGCUACCCCGUCGUCCUCCAAUGGGCAGAAGAGCCUUGGUCUCUGGACAACUAGUCCUGAAUCAAGUUCUCGAGAAGAUGCAGCCAAAACAGAUGCAGAGUCCGAUUGCCAAAGUGUUGCCUCAGUCACCAGCCCAGGGGAUGUUUCCCCUCCUAUAGACCUAGUCAAGAAGGGACCUUACGGGCUUUCAGGAUUGAAAAGAACGUCUGCUUCCUCCCUCAAGUCCAUCUCUGCUUCUGAAGGAAACAAGAGCUACAGUGGAUCUAUUCAAAGCUUAACUUCUGUAGGAUCCAAGGAGACAUCCAAAGCCACACCAAACCCAGAACUUCCUCCAAAAAUGUGUAGGAGGUUAAGGCUGGACACUGCGUCAAGCAAUGGCUAUCAGCGACCCGGCUCAGUAGUGGCAGCCAAGGCCCAACUAUUUGAAAACGUUGGUUCUGUUAAGCCAGUAUCUUCUGGGCGAUUAUCUUGCUUUUCCAGACAAGCCAAAGCCAUGUACUCUUGUAAAGCAGAGCAUAGCCAUGAGCUGUCCUUCCCCCAGGGGGCAAUAUUUUCUAAUGUGUACCCAUCAGUGGAACCAGGGUGGUUAAAGGCAACUUAUGAAGGCAAAACAGGACUAGUUCCAGAAAAUUAUGUUGUCUUCCUCUAAUAUUACUUAGUGGAUGGCAGUAUCUUCAUGGUAUCCAUGGUAACAAAUAAGAAGUGCUAUGAUUUUAUCUGACACAGAUACAGGGAUCAGCCCACUAAAUGAAAAUAGUCCAUUUCUAUCAAGUUCUUCACCAGCAGACUACAUAGUUCUCUAUUAACAGAAAAAGGAAAAAAAAAUGUUUAAAUUCUAUUCAUUCUUUGUUUAACUAUUUUUUUUCCCCUCUUUUGGUAAUAAGUGCUAUAAUUCUCUGCAAUGUCUCUUCCAUAGAAACUGAAAAAUCUUAAAUACUAAACACUAUAAAAGUUUAAGAGCUGGAAAUCUGCUUUAUGGAUUUUGAGACCUGUCUUUUACAGCCUGGCAUUCUCAGAGGAACUUUGAAAUCAUUACUUGUAACUGUAGUGUAAAUUGUUCAUUUAUUAUUUUUUCUUGAAACUUUACUGCUUUUGUAUGAUUGUUUUGUUGGUUCUGAACAUUUCAAGGAAAUAAGUCUUCAUUUUAACAUAAUUUUAUUUUUAUUUGUUUUUCAAGUGGAUGGUAAUAUUCAAAAGCAAUAAUGUAUAUGAUGUCUUAAAGAAAACCAAAUUAAGUCAUACACUGAUUCCACUGUAAACAAUCUAUCUGUAAUUCCAGACAGCUUCCAUAGGGUUAGAGAAGGGAUCAGCAAACUAUUCCUAUAAAGGCCUAAUAAUAAAUAUUUUGUUGCCAGGUUAGAUUCACUUGUGGUUUUAUAGUUAACUGACCCUGACUUUACAGGAUUUUUAACUAUUUUCACAACUUCAGGGUAAAGAUACAAGCGUUUAUAAAUCAUAUGCCUGUAUCUUCUACUAACAGAAUGAUAGUGGCAUCACAGAAGUAUCACUAGUCAAAUAGGAAGAUUACAGAAGUGCAGUAUAAAGGCAUAUGAUUUAAAUUCUACUUGCAAUGCUGUAAUGUGUUGGAAUAUUUUAAUAAUAUCUAAUUUUGGCUACUGAUAUAAUUUUCUACAAAUGGUAAAGAAAAGCUGUGCCUUCUGAAGUUUGUGCUUAAUUAAAACAGAAAACAAAAACACAAAAGUAUGGGAACCUUAAAUCACAUUGAACUAAAGAGUAUGAAAUUCUGUCAUCAUCUUUAACAAGAAUAGAAUCUGUCUGUGAUUUCCUUUAAGUUGUUUGGUUUAUGAGCUUUACUUAGAAGUUUACUGACUUUAUAGUUCACAGAGUUAUUUACUACCCAUUUAUAAAUCUAUAUAAAUAUAUCAUCAACUGGCUAGACAUUAACUUUUUUCUAUUAUUUCUAUUUCAGUAAUUCUUAAUAUAUUAUUUCUAAUAUCUCUAUGUGGUGAAAAGUCUUCUCAAGAUUCCAAACAGCUGGUUACCUGCCAAAUCACUGUCCUAGUCUUUCCCUCCUUAACCUUGAUGUCUUACUGGUCAUUUCAGAGUCUUUGCUUAUUUUAUAGACACUCAGGUAUUUACUGUAUAAAACUCUUUUUACAUAUUAAAAUCUAUAAUCUCUACUUCUACUUUAGUAUUUCCAGUAUUAGUACAUUAAAUACAUGCACAGAGCUAUGCCUCAGAACAUUUACGCUUUUAAAUAUAUAAUUAAUGGAUUAGAAUUACCAAGUAAAGAGAGUAACAACAGAUAGUCAACAACCAGAAAUAAGUGUCAGUGAAAUGAAAUAACUGAGCAAAACAUUCUGAUUCUGAAAACAUCCUGAAUGAAUAGAAAACUCUGGUAUGUUUCUUUUACUUUGUCUUUCUGCUGUUGAUCUCUGUGUGCUCCAGUGAGAUUCUGCUGGAGCUUCUCUGUCAGGGUGCUUGGCAGCCCACAGUGGUGAUAAGAGCAUUGCUAGCACUCUUUGGCCCCUGCGGGAACAGAGGGUAGUCUUUCCAACACACCAGCCCCUCGUCUCUGUUGGAGCCUCAGUUUAAGCACCCUGGUUGUCACCCAGCAUUCAGCUAGAUUAUAAUCACUUAAAGCAAAUUGUUUUCUUUUAAAGACUAACUUGAUUCCAAAAAGAAAGUCAGAAUCUUACUUCACUUACCAUGUAAAGAUAUCUCAGUCUUCAUUUGAUUUUAACACAGACAAGAGUGCCCCUGAUUCUGAACUGUGAGCUAAUUCCACUGUUGGUCAGUGAAGAAUUAACUUUCACUGCAUAGGACAUAGAUGUGAGGUCCACCUCCCCUUUCUAAUGGUGAGGCAUAUUUUAUGGUGUUACUUGUUGUUCCUUCCUAGAAACAAGGUACAAACAUGCUGGUUCAUGUUGUAAUUCUAUUUGAAGUUUUUGUGUUAUUUGUGGUACUGGGGAUGGAACCUAGGGUCUCUUGAAUGUUCAGCAAGUGCUGUACCACUGAGCUGUAUCCCCAGCCUUCCUGUUGUACAUUUGUUAGAAGUUUUAAUCUCAUAGAUUUGUAAGGAUGGUUUAUCUUUCUUUAUAUCGAUUUUAUGUGUAAGCAAGUCAUGACCUUAUACUGGAGACAGGCUUUUCCCUUCAAGUACAUUUCCUACUUGGAGGCAUUUAGACCACCAAAAGAAUAACACAUGUACUCCAAAAGAGAUGGAAUAUUAAUUACACAAAGGAUGUAAUGCCAGUCAGUCAUUAGAAAGCAAUCUCACUCAAAAAUCUGUUAACAUUGCAGUAAUGGAAGCUUCCCCUUUCGGAGACCGUGGAAGGGUAUGUUAGUAUUGGUGCAUCUACACCUUUGAAAUGUACAUCAUGUGUUCCUAAGUCACUGCUUAAAGUAUAAUCAAUAUGAAGAUGAAGUUAAUUAUCUGUGUGUUAUGUGAAAAUAUCCCUGAGUACAAAACAUUUAUUAUUUCACAGGUGACUUUUCUGUUUUGUCAUUUCACUAAGGUUAGUCAUAGAAACUAGUCAUUCAACUGAAGAAUUUUUCUGUUUUAUACUGUAUGAAUAUCUGAAAAGUAAAAUAAUCUUUAUAUCCCUGUACUGUCCAUGAAGUGUGCAGAAAUGUCAUUGUUUCUUGUCGGAUGUGAAUGAUGCUUGUUUAUUGUGUUGGUUCUCUGUGCUUUGUAAUGUACAUGAAUAUAACCAAGAUUCUCAACAGUGGCUCCUUUGCUGGCUUUGUGAGGGAUGGUGUAGAAAAAAAAUCAGACUUCCAAUUUUCCAUAUUGCCAAACCUGUCCAGAUUCCCAGAUAGGAAAAAUAAAGAUACCUGAGUCUUAUUCUGUAAUUACCUUUACAUAUGCCUCCUAAAAAUCCAUUGUAUUAUGAAAAAAAUAAGUCUCAUAAUUACUGUGAUCCUGUAUAAACCUCACUGUUAGUCUCAUUCUUUAGAUCUUUGUGUCAGAAAGGCUGUCAUUCACACUGACAUUGGUUUACAAGUGUUCCUCAGAGCCUUGUGUCAGAUGUCAUCUACUAAGAACACAGGAGGAGUGUCCUUUUACUGAAAGGCUAUCAGAAGUUUAGAUUUGGGAAUUUUUCUUUUUUAGAUUUUGGAAUAAUGACAUAUACAUAAGGUCAUAGGAUGGGGUCCCAAUUGAAGCAUUAAAUUCAUUUAAUUCAUAUGCACCUUAUAUGUAAAGUCUGAGGAAAUUUUUAUAGUUUAAUAAUGUUCUAGGUAAAACUGAGUUACAUGGAUAGAACUUUCCAAUUGUGGAAUCAUGUACAUGUCAAAAAAUUUUAGAUUUUGAAUUGUAGGAUUAAGGAUGCUUAGACUAUGUUGAGGGUACAUCAUAUAGCAUUUAGAACCUUAACCUGACUUACACUUUUUCACAGAAGUCAGAGACUGACCAGCUUAGAAACAAACUUUGUUCUUUGGUUUCAAAGUACAUGUAUAAUUUGGAGCUCUUACCGUGACCUCACAUUACUGGUAGCACUCUGCAGUCCUGUCUUCUGGUACAGAUAAAAAGCAAAGAUUUGACUCUUGUCCAGGAAUUUUCCUUUUGAGCAAAGGAUAGUAGUCCCUUAUGGAAGAAAUUGAUAUAUAAUUUUGCCUCCUUUGCUUUUGUUACCUUCUAAAGUCAAACAAUUUUUUUAAAUGGUUCUGCCUUUUUGGACAGUGUAUUUUCAGGCUAUCUUUUGUUGAUUCAGACUUACUAACAGAUGUUUUUCAGCUAGUCUCAAUUUCCUGAACACACUGACUGUAUCCAUCUAUUGUUACCAAUUGCCUUCCUGUUUCAGGUACAGGUUCUGUUGGUAAUAAUUUUGGGAAAACUGAGGCUUAUGCAUGGUGUGGACUUUUUACAUGAUCUAAUCUGUGAAUAAGGCCACAUCAGUUAUUUUAAAUAAUCUCAAAAUAGCAGUUUUGACAGCACUCACAAAAUGUCAUUGGCAGAAAACUGAUCUGUGUGACCUAGAAUAAUGUCUAGAAUAAUGUUUUUAUGGGUUACAGAGCCCAAAAGGCUGCCCCUUCACCUCUUGACACAUAGAGAGGGCAAGAUCAAGAGUGAGUAUUUCUUGGUGCUUGGUGCUCACCAAGGAGUCAUAAAAGAGGUCAUUUUCAGCUAUAACAACAUAGAAGUUUCCCACCAUUUAAUAAGUUCAUAUAAAGGGCAACUUGAGAAACUUACAUAUUGGAGUAGACGGGGACUGAAGGUGCUAAGACCACCUCAAUUAGAUGACCACUGUCUGCCCAUGUUUUUGUCACCUGCCAUCUCUCAUCAUUGUUUCCAGUGUCUGUGUCAUUCAAGAGUUGACAGCAACCCCAUUGUGCCAUCUCUUAGAUGAAAAAAUGUGUUUAGUUCUCUACAUGGAAGGAUAUUAGAGGUUUUAUACCCAGCAGCGUAUCUUCAGCCACCUUUUUGCAGAGAAUGACACCUGAUCAAAGAAUAUUGCCUUUACGUGAUUUAUUCUUAAAACCCAAGGUUUCACAGCAUUAUUGAAGGCUGGAAUUUCAAGAGUCUUUACUUUGAGCUGAAAUCUUUAUAGGGAGCUUGGCAGGGAAGAUGCCUUAUUUUUUAAUUUAGAAUACUAUUUAUAUACUAUUAAAAUUUGAGGUACUAUAGUUAUAUAAAAGUUAGAUAUUUAGAUAUUAUAUUUCAGUACUAGGAGUUUCUUUGCAACUAUUAACAAGACAAAUUAAUAAAUAUUAUUGUCAGUAAAUUAUAUUGAAUUUUCUGUUUAUUUUGUAGUGUUUCUGUAAUUAUCUGCACUUUGUGUGUAUGUGUGUACACACAUGUAUAUGCCAAUAUGUAAAUAACUUCAUGUUAUUCCUAAUCUAAACAGCCAUAGUAUCUUUAAUGUGUAUUUACAUUGUGUUAUAAGUUACUUUAAAAAUAAACUAUGGAAGCACGGUUUAAUUUGGUAUUCGUACUUGAAGACCCACUGUCUUGGAAGGGUGCUUUCUUGGCUUCAUGUUUAGAAAAAUCAAGGUUCCUAAUACUGUGAAUGAAUGGUCAUUUCGGAUUUGGCUAAGUAGAAAAUCAGAACAUAAUCUAGUGACCUUUUCUUGACAAGUUGGUAUGAUGAAAGUAAGAAAAUAUUAAUCAGGGGUUGGGGAUUUAGCUCAGCGGCAUAAGCGCCUGCCUUGCAAGCAGACAGUCGUGAGUUUGAUCCCUGGUACCGAUAAAAAGGAAAAAGACAAAAAAAAAAAAAAAAAAAAAAGAAAAUAUUAAUGAUGGUAUUAGCAAUGCAGGUGUCCAAAGAGGAGACUAGUAAUGAGCAUAGAUAAUAUCAGCCAUAGUGUUGAUAUUAUGUAGGCUUAUCUGAAAUACAUGUGCAAGUUAAAAAUGUGCAAUAGGAGGAGUUUCAUUAUAUAUUUACUCUCUUAGAUUCCUAUUUGAUAUAUGACCCUCCUGGUUAUUAUUUGACAUCCAUUAAAAUUUUACUUUCCUCAUAUUUAAGAAAUAGAAUUGUGAAUUUAUGUUGAAAAAUUGAUUAUUAGAGUGCAGCAAAUGACUUUGCCAAGACUAAGGCUGACAGGUUGACCACUGGGCAGUCAACUGGGCUUGACCCAGUGCAUUACACUUUUCAUCAAUCUCAAAAGUAGCAAUAAAUUCAUGACACAAAACAAGUAAAGAUCUUUAACCGAUUGCAGUAUGAUUAGGGGACAAAUGGCUUAGUUUAAGUAUUAAGAAUUAUACUAGUUGAGCUACUGUGUAGCUGAUGGAAUCCUUAUGAAAUAAUAAACUAGACCCUAGUGGUCAAAUCUUAAAUAAUUUGAGUAACAAAAUAAAUGGAGUUGUGAAUUAUAGUGCUAAAUAUAUAUGUGUGUGUGUGUGUGUGUGUGUGUACAUUAACUCCCACUCAUUUAUGUAAAUGCUAAUAAAUUUCCCUAUGUAAAAUAAGUGGGGUAGAAAAGAUAAUUUUUCUUUAGAGAAAUAGUUAAUAAUUAGAAAUAUUAGUUACUCUUACUUCCAGGAGGUGGCAUUUAAACUUGCACUGCUUAUAGAUGGCUACACUAAAUACUCACUUGCAAAAAUAUGGGGUUUGAAAAACUGUCACAACUUUAUAGAAAAGAAAGCAGCUUGUUGUAAUCCUGUGGUGAAAGCUACCAUCUUGUCACCAUGCCGUUGACUUGCAUCCUGUGUUACAUGAAAAGCACUUUACCUUUUUGAUGCUUCUUCUGCAAACCUUUAACUCAAUGUAACCAUGAGGAAAACAUCUGAUAUACCCACAUGGAAGACAUUCUACAGGGUAUUUGUGAGCUUAGUAUGUCUCAAGAUUAUUAAGGUCAUGAAAAAUAAGGAAAUAUGAAAAGUUGUGACAAAUCAGAGGAGCACAGGAGACAGGACAUCUGAAGACAAUAUGGAAUACUGUUUUGGCACUUGUAAGAGAAUAAAAACGAUGAAAAAACUGGUGAUGUUUAAAUAAAGUUAAUGUUUGAUAA